AUGGAUCUCAGUUGGCCGGAAAUUCUAAGAGGAACGAAAAAGCGAGCAGCGGGGCUUUAUAACCCCUCUCAGGCAUGUUAUGCCAACGCUACCUUACAGGUGUUAUUUCAUACACCUCCUUUUCUCAGGAUAGCGAGUGCUCAUCAGUCCCAAUCUUGUGAAAACAAAGGUUGGUGUAUGCUAUGCGCGCUGAGGACAACGGGAGACGAACAUUGGAGUAGACAGGGAUCUUACAUGCCUAAAGAGGUACAUAACCAUCUCAGUCAAAUACAUAAAGGUUUCAACAAACAUAAACAAGAAGACGCUCAUGAAUUCUUUCGAUUUGUGACGGAUGCUCUUCAAGCUACCGCUCUUGCGGGGAGACCAAAGGAUUUACCUGCCAAAAUAAAAAAUUCCACCUGGGUCUAUAAAUUAUGGGGAGGACAAGUCAGAUCUCGCGUCAUUUGCGACCGAUGUUCCACCCCUUCCGACACCUUUGAUACAUUUCUCGAUCUCUCUCUUGAUGUCCCGCCCAAUCGCAAGCCAUCUGUCCUAUCAAUGUUACGAGAAUUCUGCAAGGACGACAAAUUAGAAGGCGAGAACAAGUAUAAUUGUGAAAAUUGCAAGAGAAAGGCCGAUGCCAAGAAGAGUUUUAGAAUAUCCCACGCUCCUCCUGUCUUGACUCUACAUUUGAAACGGUUCAACGUUCGUUAUAAUUCUUUUGGCAAUAAAGCAAAUGCGGAGAAGUAUAGCGGUUUUAUCGAGUUUGGGGAAUGGUUGGACAUUGCGAACUUCAUGUCUGAAGGCACCAAAUAUCGACUUUUCGGAGUGACCUGUCAUCGAGGUGCCGAAUUGCGUUUUGGACAUUAUACCUCUUACGUCCGUGGUCCUAGUGGCCAAUGGUAUCAUGCCGAUGACGAGGAUAUGUCUGCCGUACGACAAGACGAAGUGUUGAGGGAUAAACAAGCCUAUCUUUUGAGUUAUAUCCGA